AUGGCAGGUAGACGGGAUGUUUUAAAAACUUCCAUGGAUCCCCUGCCGAGUGCCAAUGACCCUUUACGGGAGCUCUUCGAGGCUUGCAAAGUCGGGGACAUUUCCAAGGUGCGAAAAUUGGUGACUCCUAGUACAGUGAACGCCAGAGACACUGCUGGCAGGAAGUCUACCCCUCUUCAUUUUGCAGCUGGUUAUGGUAGAAGAGAUGUGGUGGAGUUUCUCCUUUCUGCCGGUGCCUCCAUCCAGGCGAGGGACGACGGGGGACUGCACCCCCUCCACAACGCUUGCUCCUUCGGUCACGCUGAUGUGGUGAGGUUGUUGUUGGAGGCGGGGGCCAAUCCCAACACGAGGGACAACUGGAACUACACCCCGCUGCACGAGGCUGCCAUCAAAGGGAAAGUGGACGUUUGCAUAGCUCUGCUUCAACACGGAGCCGAUGUGAACAUACGCAACACCGAGGGCAAGACGGCCUUGGAAGUGGCCGACACGACCACCAGACCUGUGCUCACCGGAGAAUACCGCAAGGACGAGCUGCUCGAGGCUGCACGUUCGGGAGCCGAAGACAGGUUGUUGGCGCUUCUCAACCCCCUCAACGUCAACUGUCAUGCGAGCGACGGGCGAAGAUCAACCCCCUUGCAUCUCGCCGCAGGUUACAAUAGGAGCAGGGUGGUGCAAUUGCUCUUGCAACAGGGGGCAGAUGUCCACGCGAAAGACAAAGGUGGCUUGGUCCCUUUGCACAACGCCUGUUCGUACGGCCAUUUCGAGGUCACCGAGAUGCUGAUCAAACAUGGCGCCAACGUCAAUGCCAACGACCUAUGGGCCUUCACGCCACUGCACGAAGCUGCCUCCAAAGCUCGUCUAGAGGUGUGUUCGUUGUUGUUAAGCGAGGGAGCUGACCCACAUCAACUGAACUGUCAUGGCAAGUCCGCCAUCGACGUUUCUCCUAACAGGGAGCUGCAAGAGAGACUGGCGUACGAAUACAAGGGCCAUCUGCUUCUGGAAACGGCUCGACAAGCUGAUACGGCGAAACUGAAAAAGUAUCUCACCCCCGAUCUCAUAAACUACAAACACCCCUAUACUGGAGAUGCUGCCUUACAUGCUGCUGUCAAUUCACUCUACCCCAAACGCAAACAGGUUCUGGAGAUGCUGAUUCGCAAGGGGGCCCACAUCAACGAAAAAAACAAGGAUUUUCUGACGCCGCUCCAUGUGGCAGCAGACAAUUCGCAUUACGAUCUCAUGGAUGUGCUUUUAAGGCACGGAGCUAAGGUGAAUUCAUUGGACGGACUGGGUCAAACGGCCUUGCAUAGGUGCGCCAGAGAAGAUAACGUGCAGGCCUGCAGAAUAUUGAUGAGCUACAAUGUCGACGUCAGCAUAGUAUCGUUGCAGGGUUACAGUGCGGCCCAAGUGGCCACCGAAAACGUCUUGAAAAUUCUACAAGAUCCUCCUUCUGGCAGUGCUGACGUGGAAUGCCAGAUAUUGGAGGCUGCCAAAUCGGGGGAUUUGGAACAGGUUCAAAGACUUUUGGGUUCUUAUCCGCACACGGUGAAUUGUCGGGAUUUGGAUGGCAGACAUUCCACCCCACUGCAUUUUGCCUCGGGGUAUAAUAGGGUGGCGGUAGUGGAGUUUUUGUUGCAGCAGGGUGCCGACGUUCAUGCCAAAGAUAAGGGCGGCUUAGUUCCCCUUCACAACGCCUGUUCCUACGGUCAUUACGAAGUGACGGAAUUACUCGUCAAACAUGGCGCCACCGUCAACGUGGCAGAUUUGUGGAAAUUCACGCCUCUGCACGAGGCAGCAGCCAAAGGAAAAUACGAAAUUGUCAAAUUAUUGUUGAAGCAUGGAGCAGACCCCAGUAAGAAAAACAGAGACGGCGCCACCCCUUUAGACUUGGUAAGAGAGGGUGAUCAGGACGUUGCUGAUUUGCUCAAAGGCAAUGCCGCCCUUUUGGAUGCCGCUAAAAAGGGCAAUUUGGCGAGACUCCAACGAUUGGUCACCCCCGAUAACAUAAAUUGCCGGGACGCUCAAGGCCGAAAUUCCACGCCUUUACAUUUGGCAGCGGGAUACAAUAAUGUGGAAGUGGCCGAAUACCUUCUGGAAAAUGGCGCCGACGUUAAUGCUCAAGACAAGGGCGGCUUGAUUCCCUUGCACAACGCGUCCAGCUACGGCCAUUUGGACAUUGCGGCGUUGCUCAUCAAAUACAACACCGUCGUCAACGCCACUGACAAAUGGGGUUUCACCCCGUUGCACGAGGCCGCACAAAAAGGACGGACGCAACUUUGCGCCCUCUUGUUGGCUCACGGGGCGGACCCCUUCCUCAAAAACCAAGAGGCCCAAGCGCCCGUCAACCUCGCCUCCGCCGACGACGUGCGCUGCCUCCUCCAAGACGCGAUGGCCUCCCAGCAGGGCGUGGCCACCGCCUCCCCGAGCCCCGCCCCCUCCCUAGCCCCGCCCACCGCCCCCGCCCCCUCCGUCUACGAGACAAUCGUGAUGCCUUCGGGCGCUGCGGUGCAGCUGCUCGUGCCGAUAGGUGGUCGCGGGGGUGUGUCCAUGGGCGGGGCCACGCCUCCCGACGGGUGCGCCUCGGGAAGCGGGGCUUCGGCGGAGGGGGCGGGAUCGAUGGGCGGGGAGGUGUGUUCGGUGGCGGCGUUCCUGCAGAGCCUGGGUCUGGAGCGACUGCUGGACGUGUUCGAGCGGGGAGCAGAUCACGCUGGAUAUUCUGGCGGAGAUGACGCACGAGGAUUUGAAGCAGAUCGGGAUCACGGCGUACGGGUUCAGGCACAAGUUGAUCAAAGGUAUGGAACGAUUGGUUGCCACCUGUGGAGGCCUGUGGUCGCACACUUCCAAUUCCUCUUCUGGCACGCUAUUGGUCGAUCUUCUCACCGACGACAAAGAGUUCAUCACGGUGGAAGAGGAAAUGCAAAACGGUAUCAGAGAGCACAGAGACAACGGACACGCUGGUGGUGUCUUCUCCAGAUACAAUAUCGUCAGAAUCCAGAAAGUCCAGAACCGGAAGCUCUGGGAACGCUACAGCCACCGCCGACAGGAAGUCAGCGAGGAAAACGCCAACCAACCCGGCGAGCGCAUGCUCUUCCACGGCAGCCCCUUCGUCAACGCCAUCGUUCAAAAAGGCUUCGACGAACGGCACGCCUACAUCGGCGGCAUGUUCGGCGCCGGCAUCUACUUCGCCGAGCACUCGUCCAAGAGCAACCAGUACGUGUACGGCAUUGGGGGCGGGACCGGAUGCCCCGCCCAUAAAGAUCGCAGCUGCUACUCCUGUCACAGGCACCUUCUGCUUUGUCGCGUCAUCCUCGGCAAGUCGUUUCUGCAGUUCAGCGCCAUGAAGAUGGCCCAUGCUCCGCCUGGUCAUCAUUCUGUUGCGGGUCGCCCCUCCGCCGGCGGGCUCAACUUUCCGGAGUACGUGGUGUACAGGGGCGAGCAGGCCUACCCGGAGUAUUUCGUCACCUAUCAGAUAGUCAAGCCGGAAGAGGGGACGACAGGUGCAGAGAGCGAGGUGAGGUGAUUCACCCCCCCACAGGAACGUUGGUUGCUGUUGCACCCUCCCAGGACUUUCAAGCAGUACGUCUGUGCGUUAUUGUGUCACACUUUGCGGUGUCUGGUGCCGGCACAAAAGCGUUGCAGCUGCCACGAGCAGCAGUGACGUUUUCAAUCGAAAUGCCGGUAAUGGAGUAAUCAUAG